AUCACCGACACAGCCGCCUUCAAGACAUGGUGGACAAACGUCGCCGCAGAAUACAAAGACAACGAACUCGUCGUCUUCGACACAAACAACGAAGUAAGUUGUGCCUACACGAACUGCAUGUGAAACAUACACUGACUUCGUAUUUUCAAAUCUGCAGUACCACGACAUGGACCAGCAGCUCGUCUUCGAUCUCAACCAAGCUGCCAUCGAUGGUGUACGUGCCGCCGGUGCAACCAAACAAUACAUUACCCCUGAGGGAAACAGCUGGACUGGUGCAUGGACAUGGAUUAGCUCUGGCAACGGUGCUAGUCUGGUCAACUUGAAGGACCCGCAGAACAAGCUUGUUUACCAAAUGCACCAGUACCUCGAUACCGAUGGGUCUGGUACCUCUGCCAACUGCGUCAGCGCUACGAUUUUCAAGGAGAGGCUUCAGGCGGCGACGAAAUGGCUCAAGGAUAACAAGAAGCAAGGUCUUAUCGGCGAGUUUGCGGGUGGCAAUAAUGCGCAGUGUAUUUCUGCGCUGCAGGAUGGACUGAAGUACAUGGGUGCUAACAGUGAUGUUUGGCUUGGAGGUAUUUGGUGGGCUGCUGGUCCAUGGUGGGGUGAUUACAUUUACAACAUGGAGCCCACCACUGGUGUGGCUUGGACGGGGAUUUUGCCGAAGAUCAAGAGCUACUUCUUGUAGAUGAGAUAACUGAAGAGGUUGAACCUUGAAGCGCUGUAUGUACUUGAGCUUCGUUUC